AUGACUAGAUCUUCAUCUGCGCAGUCUGUGGGGGCUGUUUUAAAUAAUGGGCAGAAUGUGUCUCCAGAACAAGAUCAACGGUGUUCACACCCUGAGUUGUUGAUGCAGUUGCAGAGCACUCGGUUGAAAGUCAGGCUCCUUGAGGAUGAAAACACAGAGCUGAAAGCUGUGUUCAAACAGCAGGAGAUCGAGCGGAAGGAGAAAGCCCGCAUAGACACAGAAAAGGAGGCAAGUAAGCAGCAAGAAGACACUGCUCAUAACACACGGAUAACAAUAGAGACUGUGAUGAAAGUCUUUGACAAAUCUCUUGCGUCUUACAAGCGCAAGGAGGACCUCAUUGUCAUAGCCGGUGCUCUUGGUUUACCGAUUGAUGGGACAGUCAAAGCCCUCAUUGAAAGGAUCAAGUCUCACCUUCAAGGACAUAAGGAGUUAGCAGAUAACCCCCAGUUUUCUGGCCUUUUUGGCCAUCGCGUUCAGGCCCCUGAGGGUUCUAGUCACUCCGGACAAUCAUCCCAAUCACCCUUAUAUUCUAGUGUCAACUCAUCUACUGCGUUUUCCCCCCAGUCUGUCCAGACUCCAUAUUUUUUGGCCACACAAUCGCAAUUUCCUGACCCCACAUUUUACAACGGUUUCUCUGGCCCAGGCUGUAGUACUCCUGGGCCCUCAUAUAACUUCAAUAUCUCUGAACGUGUUUUACCUCCCCCAACUGAUGAAAAUGGUGUGAUAAUUACAUAUUAUAAUGAGUUGGGUCAACCGUACUAUGUUUUGUAG